AUGUUUGCGAAAUCAGGGCUUCUUCUACUGACCGCAGCGGCGGGCGUUGUAUGCGACUUCAUGGUCUACACUGAACCACCAAUUCCCACGUCCGCCAUCCCAACCUUUGCCAAUCCAUCCGAUGCCCAGAGCUGGACGACCUCUGUCUUCCUCAACGCGCAGAUAGCGUACGGUCGCUUCACGGAAUCCCUCGGCGAACCCUACCAAUCGUCUCUCACAUCCGCGCGCUCCGAAAUCGACGCCUUCGUCAACACCGCCUCGAAUUACAGCAUUCCAGCUGAAGUCACCAUGGCCGACGAGACGCCCACAUACUUCUCCAAGCCAGAUUGGUAUACAGCCCUGCCGAGUGCGGCGAGGUCAUUCAAGGAACAGCAGGUCAGCGAUCAGUUCAGCAUCGUGAGGAACGUCAUCGCGGCGAGGGCUACUUCUACAACUGGUUCCGAAGGAGCCGCGAUGCCGACUGCACUUGCUGGACAGUGGCUGGGGGCUGAGUUCGGCGUCAUGGCUGCGGCGGCUGCGGCUGCCUUCUUGUGA